AUGGACUCGCGAGGUGAAGUAGCAUCAGCUGCUGCACUGGCAGCAGCAGCAGCCACGGCGGCUUCAGCUCCAGCUGCAGCAGCUACAGUUCCAGCAGCAGCAGCAGCAGUACAUGCUGCUGCAGGUGUCGGUAAAGCUAUUCAAGGGCUGUCUACCGUUCCCUCAGCUUCCCUUCAGCCUCCGAGCGCCAGCAGCAGCAACAGCAACAGGGCCAGCAGCGGCACCAGAAUCAGCAGCAGCGGUGGCAGCAGCAGCAGCAGCAGCGGCGUGAUCGUGACCAGCAGCAACAGGGAGACCGAGGCUGCGAUGCGGCUGAUGCUGCAGCCAGCGGAGGUGCUGCUAGACAGGACGACUGCGCUAUUUGCUGCUCUUGCAGACCCAGAUUUGUACAGGCAGCACUGGGCAGGCGUUGCCCCCGGCGUUUGCUGCCACAGAGGCAGCAGCAGCAGCGGCUGCUGCUGCUGCGAUGAAGGGGCGGGCUGUGUUUGCAGCGUAUGCAGCAGCAGCCCUGGGCAGCAGCGACGGUACAGCUGCAGCGGCAGCAGCUGCAGCCUUGCUGUGCCCCCGCGAGCAGAGGGCCCGCUGGUGGAUUUGCUGCCUCUUUUUUUGUGUCGGAGUGACGCAGCAGCAGCAGCUGCUGCUACUGCAGCAGAGCGCUACAGCUUUUUGCCCACUGCUGCUGCUGCUGCUGCUGCUGUGCCUCUGAGGUAUGCAGACGAUGUCGCCUGCUACUGUCUUCGUCUGGACUUCUUGGGCCGACCAGCAGCGCCGGCAGCAGCAACAGACACCGCUGGGAGAGAGCACGGACCCAACCAGGAAGCAAGGCAGCAGCGGCAGCAGCAGCAGCGCUCAGCACCGUGUCACUGCUGCAGCUGCUGCUGCUGUAGCCGCUGCAGCAGACACGCUUCGCCGUCUCUGCCCUUUGAACCGUGCCUUCAUGAUUGCCCUGCGGCAAGAGACGCGCAAGGCUCGCAGCAGCAGCAGGAGCAGCGGGAGCAGAAGCAGCAGCAACAACAGGCAGCUGCUGCCUUUGCUGAGGACGUGCUGGCCCGAGAUGUGCCCGCUGUUGCAUUUGUGGGCCCUCCUCCAGCGUGGAUGUCAGUUCAUCUCAGGAGGGAAGAUGAGGCCACGCCGGCUGCAGCAGCAACAGAAGCCGCAGCAGGAACAGAAGCAGCAGCACCUGCAGCAGCUGUAGAGGCCGCAGCAAAAGCUGGGACCACCUCCACACCACUUGGGACGGCAGCGGCGCCCCCAGUAGAAGCUGCACAGGGGGACACAGCAGAAGGAGCGUCAGGUUCUACUGCAGCAGCACCAGCUUCAGCAGCAGCAGCUGCUGCUUCUGCUGCUGCCCCGAACUCUGAAACUUUUGAGCCCGUGGCAUUUCCCACCCGUCUUUACGGCUACCACAUUGGCCGUCGUUUCGCUGCUGCGGCGCGUGACUCGGCGCUGCUGCUGAAGCAGAAGCGGCAGAAUCGCACAGCAGCAGCAGCAGCAGCAGCAAGAACAGAAGCAUCAGCAACUAAAUUGGUAGCGGCAGCAGCAGAACGAACCCAGGACACCUCUGCGUCUAUGAAUGUUGAUUUGGCAAGCGUGGAACCUGCCGCCCAAAAGGAGGACGCAUCAGCCGGCAGCAGCAGCAGCAACAGCAGCAGCAGCAGCAAGUUACGGUGUACGUGCAGCUGCUGCACGGCAGCAGAUUCGUUGCUCAAGCUGCUGGAGUCAGACCCUCCAACGUUUGUUGCAGUAGAGAACAGCAGCAGCAGGAGCCGCACCUGCUACGUGUACCAGGGCGCCACUGGAGCAGGUAGCAGCGGCUGCAGCAGCACCAGCAGCACGAGCAGCACCAGGGGUUUGGGUAUUGGCAGCAGCAAAGCCUCACGGGCGUCCGUCAGCCACAGGGAGGGCGUGUGGCUGCUGCGCUCUGCAGCAGGAGGAAAGCCAUUUGCUGCGCAGGCCGUGCUGCACCUCCGUGUGUCCGCGUUGCUGCUGCUGCACGCAUCGCGCCGGCGGAAGCUGCUGCAGGAAUUUUCCAGCAGCAACAGCUGCAGCGUGAACGGGGAGAGCAGCGGAGACGCAGAUGCGAGGGAGUCUUGCUGUUGCUGCUGCUGUAAGGACGUUGGUGACGCGCAGUUAUCGCACCAGGGCAGCAGCAGCAGCAGCAGCGGCGGCGAAGCAUUACAACGGCAGCUGCUGCUGCAUGCAGACGCGCAGCUGGACAUUUCACUUGUGAAGCUUUUGCUUCUUGAUGUGCACCGCGCCUUCCCAACGGAGCCGACUUCUCGCGUGCUGCGGCGUUUGCGGCGAAUGACUCUCACUUGGUUUCGCUGCAAGAAGAUGGCGCUGCUGCUGCAGCAAGAACAGCAGCAGCAGCAGCUGUACCAAGCAGAAGCGGGAGCUCUGCUGGGGCUGCCUUCUCAGCCGAACGCCUCCCCCUCCCCAGCCCCAGCAUCAACAUCAACAGCAUCAGCAGCAACAGCAGCAACGGCGAAGCCACUCCAGGCUAAGGACAAGUUUUGUCUGCCUAAUUUGCCGCAGCAGACCCUUCGUAUCUUGCUGGCGGACGCUGCGGUGGAAGCUUCUUACGCAGCGGAGUUGUGCGAAGUGGCCGAGGGCCUUAUAAGCCGAUUGGGCGAUUUCGCUCGGCCUUCGACCUGCAGAACGGGGUGUUUCAGGCCUGCAGCAGCAGCUGCUGAAUCCGGCAGCAACAGCAACAGCAGCAGAAAGGCGGAAAGGCAGCAACUGGCCAUCGGGCUACGGUGGCGGGGAGACUUCUUCUGCUUUGAGCUCUUUGCUGCUGUUCUACAGCAGCCCGCAGAAGACGCUGGAGAUAAAGAUGCAACGAGCGGCUGCUGGCGCCUGCUGCUGCAUGAGGUGCUGCAGCCUUGCGUCUUGGAUGCGGUGUCUGUACACCUGGCAUUUUGCUUAGCCCUGCGGCGGCUGUCGCCGUGGCUGCAGCUGCAGCAGCAGCUCGUGCAGCUGCUGCGCUGCACCGCAGAGGGACAUCAGGUGCUGGCAACAGCAGCCAUGCUCUCCAGCGACUUUGCACAGAGACUGCAGCAUUUGGAGCACCAGCGCCAGCAGCAGCCAGAGCAACAGCAACUGCCGCCGCAGCAGCAACAAGAAUGCCCAGUAAAAAUGGAAGAGGCUGCUUAUCCUCUACUGCGCCACCAAAGCAGUGAAAGCUUUCAGCAGUUUGCAGAAGACCUUGACUCUGCCCUGGCCGAGGGCAACACGUCCGCUGCUGCUGCUGCUGCUGCUGCGGAUGAGCCCGUAGGGGCCCUUAAUUUAGACGAAGCUGUGCAGCGGCUGGCACUUCUGAACAAGCCUCUCGCAGACGGGCCGAUUGAGGAGCCAGCAGCUGUGAAGGAGGAGGAUGAGGAGGAGCAGCAGCAGCUGCUGCAGAUGAAGCAGGAGCAGCAGACGCCAAAGGCAGCAGCAGCUCUUAAAGAUGCAGGCGCCCUCGAAACCGUGGCAGACGAGACAUCCGAACAGACCAAGGAGCAGAAGCAGCAGCUGCAGCAACAGAAAAGAACCGCAGCAUCAGGCGAAGCUCUAGCUGCCUAUUUCAACAGUGUGCGGCAGCUGGAGGAGGCGAGGCAUGGUUGCGGCGACCACAUGCGCUACGGCAGCAAAUCUGAGUGCAUCGACACUGCUGUUGCACUGCAGCUGCUAGACGCUGCGCAGCAACAGCAGCACACAGAGGGGGAGCUCCUCAGCAGUGCUUGCUGCAGCUUAAAGCAACAAACAGAAACCAGUGUAUCGGGGAACUCCCUGCAGAGCAGCGAACCGGCAGCUCGUGCUGUCUUUCAAGCCGUCUUGGUAUCACUGAAGCAGCAGGAGCAGCAGCAGCAGCAGCAGCAGGAGAUGCCGAAGCAGCUGCAGCAGCAGCAAGGGUCUGGAUUCAGUUGCGAAUAUGUCGGCGUAACAGAUGUGGCUGCUGGUGACACCCUCACCCUCUCCCUGCUGCUCACGCUGCUGCUGCCGACGCAGCGCCUGCUGCUUCCCCGAGUGCAGCAGCUAACCCUACGGGAUAUCAGCCGCAGCAUGGGCACGGGAGCUGCAGCACCAGCUUUAGCAGCUACGGCAAGUAGCGCAGCAACAGCAAACCACGCUGCAGCAGCAUGGCAGUGCACUCAGGCAACUUCUGGGACGCUGCAGCCCGAGGGUUUCAACGGGAGCAGCACAGCUUGCAGCAGCCACCGUAGCAGCAAAGGCUGCUGCUGCAGCGGAAUUUGCUGCUGCUGUUACGGCAGCGACAGCGGCAGCUGUGUAGAGGAGGCCUCUGCAGAGCGCGAAGAGCUUUCCACUAUCGUUCUUGCUGCUGGUCCAGCGGGCCAGGACGCCCCAGCGGAGACGUUGCAGGCGUGCGACGUGUUGGGCCCGCUGCUGCUGUCGCAGCAGCAACAGCUGCAGCAGCAGCAGCUGCAGCAGCGCCAACAGCAGCCGCAGGACAAGCAUAAGCAGAUUGACGAGGCUGCUGCCGGGGGAACGGGAGAGGAAAGCACUGCCAGCAGCCCGGCAAGCUCCAGCACAAACCUAAGCAGCACAAGCAGUAGCAGCAGCAGCAGCAGCAGCAGCAGCGGCAUCAACAGCACCGGCACUCUUUGGGCACGCACUGUCAGCGGCGGCGUAAGCCUCCGAGUGACUUCAGCGGAAGAAGGCAGCAGCGGCGUGGAAAGUGAUGGAGAGGGGAGGCCUGCGUCGCCUCUGCAGCAGCUGCAGCAGCAGCCGCUGCUGGCAUCACCAGGCGCCUUGCAGCUCCCGGGCAGCGCGCAAGGCCACGAUCCCGUCAGCAGCAGCAGCAGCGGCAGCAACAGCAGCAGCGCGCUUGCAGAUGCUGAGGGGGACCUCGAGGGCUUUCUUCUGGCAGCGCUGACGCAGCUGACUGGCUUUGUCCACAGAGGGUCUGAGCUCGACGUAGGCAUUCCUAUUGCUGCAGAGCUGAUAGAAGAGGCGGGAGAGGAAAUACAUGCAAUAUGCAGAGUGCCUGCGAACGACAAGGCCUUAUCUCCCUUCCGAUCGUUGACAGCAGCAGCGACCAGCAGCAGCCAGCAGCAGCAAACUUCUCCACAAGAGUAUGCUGCUGCGGCUGACGGGGGGGAGGCGGGCGGCGGCACUCGCUUGGCGUGUACCUGGGCCUCGAGCACUUCCGCACAGCACUUGCAGCAGCAGCUGCAGCAGCAGCAGUCUCAGUCCGAGUUGCGGCUGCUGCCCGCGCUUUUUGCUGGCUUGUACCAUACGGGGGCCACAGCAAAGCGUCGUUUGUUUCCUCGGCACCGUGUCGUAACAGCAGCAGCAGCUGCAGCUGCUGCAGCAGCAGCUGCCACUUCUUCUGCUGCUGCUGGCGCCGCCUCGAAAUCGAGGGGCCGCAGACAGCAGGCCUCCUCUCCAAGUCACAAACAGCAGCAGCAGGCUGGCGCUCAGCGCCAGUCAGCUUCUUCGCCUGCAGCAAAGGAAGACGGAUCCUUUCUGCGACCUACCGCAGCAGGGAGCAGCAGCGGCGCUGGACUUAAGCCUUCUUCUGGCCGCAGCAGCAACCGCAGCGGCAGCAACACCCCCACCGGUGUCUACUUUGAUGCAGCGCGGCAACUGUGGAGGUGUCAGUGGAGGUCUGAAGGGCGGUUGCGCAGCAAGGGGUUUGCUGUUGCGCGUUACGGCAGCUCAGACGAGGCUAGAGAGGCGUGCAUAGCUUACCGAGAGCUUGUUGUGCAUGCAGGUGCUGCAGCAGCAGAAGCAGCAGCAGAAGCGGCGGCUGCAGCGGCGGCAGGAGCCCUCGCAGGAGCAGCAGCAGCAGCUGCCGAAGCUGAGCCAAAGGCAGGUGCACAGCGUGCCACAGACAAAUCUCCCACAACGGCGGUAUCGCCUGUACAAGCAGCAACAACAGGAAGAGCAGCAGUAGCAGCAGCAGCAGCAGCAGCAGCGGUGGAUGAGAUAAAGCAACAGAGGUCGCCUACGUGGAAAGCAGCGAGCAGCAACAGCAACGUCUGCAGCACUGCUGAGGCUCUAGCGGCCCCGCAGCUACUUCAUCAUGGCGGCUUGCUUAAACAUAGCGUGGCAGCGCUGCCGGCACCCGCUGUAGCAGCAAGUGCAGCAGCAGCACAGGCAGCGCUGGCUGCAAGUUUACAACGCGCAACAGCAGCGCCAGAUGCACUAGCAGGGAGCUCACUGCGCGAGACGGGCAGCAGCGAGAGCAGCAGCAGCGGGCCCUACAUGAAUCCACAAGCUGCUCCGGCUGCUCCUGCUCUGGUCACUUCAGCAACAGCAACAGCAACAGCAGCAGCAGCAGCACUUCAAGGCGAACGACUGAUAGAGUUCGCUGGGGACAUUUUAGCUUUGCUAAAUCGCGCGAAAGAAGUGGCGGCUGUGGAGAAGCAGCUUCAAGAGCAGCGCCUGCAGAUGCAGCAACAGCACCAGCAACGCCGGCAACAGCAACAGGAGGAGUCAUCGGCUACGCCUGCUGCUACAUCAGCAGCAGAGAGAGAUAGGCAGCAGCUUCGGCACAUGCUCGUGUCGCAGCUAGAGCACGCGCUGCAGCAGCAGCAGCAACGCAUGCAACAGCUGCAGGUGUUAGGGGACAUCGACCUGAGGCAGCAGCGAAUGUCGGGGCAGGAGGGGGUGUUGCAGCAGCAGCAACAGCAGCAGCAAAUGCUUCUCCACAGGGUUGCGGCACUGAGCAGGCAGGCUGUGCAGCAGCUGCAGGAAGUGCUGCAGACUCUGCUGCAGUUGCCGUUGCAGCAGCAGCAGCUACCUCCGCAGCAGACGCUGCAACAGGAACAAGCGCCGCAGCCAGCGCAGCAACACUUUUCACCCUGGGAGGGUGCCUCGGCAGCAGCAGCAAGUGCAGCAGCCAGUGGGGUGGUGGAGCAGCAACGAGAGCGCGCAGCUUUUGCCUCAGCAGCUGCACCUCUUGAAGGUCAGCAGAGACCGAAGAGGGAGGAGGCAGGCAACGCAGCAGCCGCAUCGGCAGCACCAGCAGCAGCAGCACCAACGGCAGCAGCAGCAGCAGCACACGACGAGGGAGUUCCAGCGAAAAGGCUUCGCGUUGCCCUGGACGGCCUCGCAGGCGCCUGA